GGGAAAAAAUCUAGGCCCCGCCUGGCUGCUCCUGCUGCUAUGGUUACGGCUCCUCCUCCCGCUCGGGCGGUUGCCAUGGUUACUGGUCCGCGCGGCUAAGCCCCACCCACCCAAGCCUGGCAACUCCGCCCAUAAGGGGUUGAAGAAGGGAACGAGUUUCUGUGACGUCAUCACGCCGCGACGCAGAGACCCGGAAGCGCUGUGGAAACAUGAGGGGCCCCCUUCUGGGCGCCUGGAGAGGCCGCUGCGGCCGGGCUUUCUCCUUCGCAGCCCAGGCUCCUCAGAGGCGAGAGAGGCCCCCCUGGAGAGUCCUCUUCUUCGGCACCGACGGCUUCGCGGCAGAGGCCCUGCAAGCGCUGCAGGCGGCCCGAGAGCCUACGCCAGGUCAGCUAGUAGACCGCCUGGAAGUGGUGACCCUGCCGUCCCAAUUGCCAAAGGGGCUCCCCGUCAAGAGGUCUGCGGAGGAGCUUCAGCUCCCGAUCCACCUGUGGCCCGACGUUGGUCCGUGCGAACACUUUGACGUUGGCGUUGUGGCGUCGUUCGGGCGUCUGCUUGGCGAGGACCUCAUCCUGAAGUUCCCAUAUGGCGUGCUGAAUGUCCAUCCCAGCUAUCUGCCAAGGUGGCGUGGCCCAGCACCCAUCAUCCACACGGUGCUCCAUGGAGACACAAGUACUGGGGCAACAAUUAUCCAGAUCAGGCCUAAGAGGUUUGAUGUCGGUCCGAUUGUUAAACAGGAAUCCAUUGCGGUCCCAGCCCAGUGCUCAGCAAAAGAGUUGGAGUUGAUAUUGUCCAAACUAGGCACCAAACUGCUCAUUUCUGUUCUCCAAAACUUACCUGAAAGUUUAAGGAACAAGAGAGAGCAACCGAAGGAAGGAGCAACAUUUGCACCCAAAGCCACUGUUGCCAUGAGCUGUAUCCAAUGGGAAGAACAAACUGCUGAGCAGAUAGUACGCCUGCAUCGUGCCUUAGGAACAAUGAUGCCCCUGCAAACGCUGUGGAUGGGUACUGCUGUUAAACUGCUGGCGUUUGUGGAAGUGGAGACAUUACCUGACGCCCUUGAUAGGACAGCAACGGAAAAGGGAGCUGUUCCAGGAUCAGUGUUCUACCAUAAGCAGUUGGAGACACUGGUAAUCCGUUGCAAGGAAGGUUGGGUUGGAGCCAAAGGUGUUAUACUUAAGAAGAAGCUGACAGCUGCUGAUUUCUAUAAUGGAUACUUGCAUCCUUGGUUUCAGCAGAAUUCUCAAAUGCCUUCUGGGACGUGCAGAUUUCAGACGCUCAAACUGGUCACAGCAAAAAAGAGCCCAAAAGGAACAGUAUUGCAGGUGCACAAUGCAUAGCGGUAAUAAGCUCUGGUAUACAAGUCUAAAAGAGCCAGGUGCUUCUUCAAGCUGGAUGUUGGAAACUUAUCUGGGCUGUAUCAGCUCUGCACCAAAAACUCAGUGUUUAUCUCAUUGCACAGCUGGCAGUUGCAACAUCAAAGGUUGGAAAGAACAGGAGUGGUGCCAUUUGGCCCUUGCUUCUGCCUAUGCCUCCCAGAGGACUUGAGGGUACCUGCUAACCCUGAAUCUUGUGUUCAUCCUCAGCACUUGGAACUCUGACACAUGUUUCUGGCCCAGCAAGGAGUGUUUACUACAACUCUUUAUCCUGACUUCCUUUAUGAAUGCAUUAUAGCUUUGUUCCGUUUAUUAACCAAGAGAAGGGUGGCAUACUGUAUUGUUGAGCAAUAAAUUAUUUUUUUAAGUAUGCACAUC